AUAUAAUCAAAUGGCGACAGACGAUCACUCCGAUCGAAGCACGCGCAGAAGAAUACGAGCUAGGCACACCAAGUCGCGCAGAGGGUGCUUUACCUGCAAGGGUCGCCGAGUCAAGUGCGACGAAAUUAAACCAACAUGCGGUGCUUGUGCGUUGAGAGGCGAACCCUGUGACUGGCCUGCCGAAACAGGUUCUCAAGGGCAUGAUACGCCCCGGUCACAGGCUGACUCCCACGGCGCUAAAGCACCCCAAGAUCAAUCCAAGCGCAGGGCAGCACAUCCAGACUCAGGGUCACCGCGCCCGUUGCAGUUUGAUAUCGCGUCGGAUGCAGUCGGUGGCCGUUCGACUCCCCACCCCGGGGAGCUGAACAUGGUUGAUCUGCAGCUCCACUCUCAUUUCAUGCUGCACACCUCCAAGCACAUGUCGCUGAACCGGCGCCGGCAACACAUCUGGGAAACCGUCAUUCCCCGCUUCGCCGUGCGCAGCAAGGCCCUCAUGCACCUCCUCCUUGCCCUGGCGGGGCUGGACUACGCCUCGGACAGGACAGCCGACACGCAACCAGCACACAGGUCUCCAGACAUGGAGAGCCAGCCCUCGUCGACCAUCGCAGACCACGACCACACCCUGGACUCCGCAUACCUCCAGAUCAUCAUCGAGCACCACCAACGCGGCCUGGAAGCGUUCAGGACAGAGCUCGCGAACCUGUCCAGCGCGAAUCUCAACCUCGUGUUCGCGGGCUCAAUGCUACUGGUGGGGUUCGCGCUCGCCUCCCUCCGCAUCCGGAAUCUGAACGACGCGCACUCGCAGCCAGGCCAGCCGCGCCUCGACUGGAUCUUCCUCAUCCACGGCCUCUGCACUGUCAUCAAGCACAACUGGCCGGAGCUGCGCAUGGGCCCGCUGCGAGGCAUGACGGAGUACAGCUACGCCAAUGACGACUGGCGACUGUGUCCGCGGGACGCGCUUCGCUCAGUGUCUUCCAUACGUCGAGGGUGCUCUCCGCGUCUGGUUGCGUUCUGCCGCGGUGCGGAUGAGGCCCUGACACAGCUGGUUGGAUACCAUGCGUCCUUGGCCGACCGGGAGGGACAGAUCCUGGCGGAGCAGAAGGCUGCCCUCGAGCUCCUGGAGGGGAUGUACAUGCGGACGCUGUACGUUGUGCGCUUUUCGGACGAGGCGCGAGAGUCGCCGCUUGAUGUACAGGCUGAUCUGGAAGACGCGGCGCUCAUGGCCUGGGCGGAGUUCCUGCCUGAGGGGUUCCUGGAUACUCUUGCUGGCGACGGGGUAUGUUCGACGCUGUCGUAUGUGAUUCUGGCGUACUUUCAUCUUCUCUUCUCGCUGGGGUUUGAUGGGGAGAUUGUGAAGAUUAAGGCGCUGGUCGAUAUGUCCGCGGAAGGGGAGUUGGUCUCAUUGAUGCAGUGGCCGGUGUCUGUUAUUGCUGUCAGUCAUGAUCAUAGGAGUCUAUAUAAUUAA